CUUACAUUGAAAAUAAAUAAAGAAAUAAAAUGGGGCGAAGGUAUUAUUGUGAUUAUUGUGAAAAAAGCUUUAUUGAUGAUUUGGAAGCUAGAAAAAAACAUCUUCAGAGUUCCAAUCAUAUUAAAUUACGAAAUAUGCAUUAUGAGUCAUGUAGAGAUCCAGAGACUGCAUUAAAGGAAGAACUUUUAAAAAUACCUUGUAGAAGAUUCUUUCAAGGAGGUUGUCCAUUUGAGGGAAUUUGUAGGUACACCCAUUAUUCUCCCGAAGAACUAUGUGAACUUAGACAACAGGUUGAGCACAUCCAAGAAAUGAGGAGGAAGCAAAAGGAAGAACAUCACCAAGUACCUUCAUCGGACUCUUGGAUUGACCAAUAUAAAGAAAAACACAUGAAAGAAGAUAGUGAUGCUAUUCAUAUAUUUUGGAAAUAUCCUGAAAAUUUUGAAAAUAGAAUAGAUCUACCCCCUUCAUUAAUAAAAUUCAAGACUGAGCAUUUUUAUGAUGAUAACUUUGAGGAAUGGGGUAACUGAAAAAUAAAGUGAAAUUGUAUAGAUUAAAUUUACAAUACUUCUGUAUCUUCAGUAUAGUAAACAACAUUAUUGAUUCUGUAAUAUAUUUUUUUGAUAAUAGCAUACUUUCUUUUCUCCGUGUAGAGACAACAUAUAAAGUUAGUACAUAAAUUAGAAAAUAUAUAAUGAGGUAAAUAAUUCUCUAGAAAACUAAAAAAUUGAGUACCUAUUCUUUUUUCAUUUGCUUUCUAUGAAAAUAGAUUAAACCUCGAUACAACAAUAACAAUUUAAGUUUCUAAACUUCAAUUUAAAAAAUAGUUCUUUAAACAAAAUUCUAUUAUAUUGAUGAAACUGAAGACCUCAAAUAUUCAUGAACUCUAGAUAAAUACAUUUCAAUAUGGAUUUUGUUUUAAUUUUGGUCUAUUAUGAUGACUUUGGCUCUAUGUCGACAUCCAAUUUCUGUUUCUGCAUUCCAUUCUUAAUGUUAAAAUUUGAGAGUAAUGGCUGAAUUUCAUAUACAGGGUGUUUAUAUAUUCGCUCUACUACAGAGAUAUCUCAAUAAAUGAUUCAUUCUGAUAUAGGAAUACGAAUCCUUACGAGGCCUAGUUGCUGAGAUAUAGGAGGUUCAAAAUUUUAAAUCAAAAUCAAAAAUUUGCUAUAAAUCAAGAACGGCUUUAAUUUUUUUUUCAAAUUUGGUGACCAAUAUGUUCCUUAAUAAAGUAAUAUUUUGACAUAAACAAACUUCGGAAAGAUUUAACCAGUGGUGCGCUGUCAGGGUUAGUUAUCACUUUUUUCACGCCUUUGGAGCAAACUCUUUUUUUAAUUUUGUUUUGAAUGUAUGUGUUAAUAAUAAUACAAAAUUUCUCCAAAUAUAACAAUAGUUAUUUAUUAUAGGAGAGAAUAAAGUACUAGGUUUUAGCUUAAGUUUGUAUUAUAUAUAAAAAUACACAAUUUUUUUCUGUGACGUAAAAAACGAUUAUUUAAUAUUGAAAAAUUGUAUUAUUACAAUAUUCAAGUCAGAAAAUUAUCGAUGUGAAAUUUGAAAUUAGUAGGUUGUACUUAUAGGAACAAUUAGACCUGCGUUGCUAAGGGAACUUUGGAAGUAAUCAAAUAGCUGUCAAUUUAAUUUUGUUAUUUGAUUUUGAAAUUAUGAACUUAGUGGCUGAUUACUUUAUAAAAGUAAAAAAUGUCUGAUUCCAUGUUUUCUUUGACUCUACCGGAAUUAGUUGAAGAAUCACAAAAAUUAUUGCCAACUAAAUCGAGGAAAAUUAAAAAAACUGCCACAUCAAAUUUCAUAGAAUGGAAGAUGAAAAAAAUAUGCAGUUUUUUUCUAGGAGACGGCGUUAUUGGCUUAUUUUUUGAAAUUUGCUCAACAACAAAAGCCAUCAACAGUGUGGUCUGAAUUAUUCAAUGAUUAAAAGUAUGUUAUGAUCCAAUCAUAAUGUAGACAUUAUAAAAUAUUUCAAAAUAAUUACAUUUUUUGACAAAAUGGAAAAAGUUACAAACCCAAGAAAGCUGCGAUUUCUACGAGUACACAAAUUAGUGAUUUUUUAAAAAAUGCUCCACGAAGUUUAUUGGAUGAUCAAGGUUGUUGUAUUUGGAGCUUGUCGAAUUUUGUGAAAUCAGCCUGAUAAUAUUAGAUGAUAUUGAAGAUUUGGAAACAUUAUUAAUUGUGAAACUUGAGGAAACAGAGACUGAUGUAAACAGGAAAUUUGUAGUUACUGAAAAAUAUAUUAAAUGUACAUAGCCCUUCGUCGCCGCCUGUCAUCACAAUGAAAAAUGAGUCAAUCAGGUUGUAAUUAAAAACCACUUCUAUAAGGUACCUUAAAGAUUGGCUAUUUUUUUUUAACUUGGUAGCACACCGGAUUUGCGACAAGUACAUCAACGAGAGUUGUGAUGGUAGGAAGAAAUGAAAUUUCAACACAAGAAAAUUCGACUGAUGUACCGAAUAGUUUAAAUAACGUGUCAUUGUACAUGAAAAAGUACUCAUUUUUUCUGGGGAAACAUGUAAUGUCAAAAAAGUGACAUUUUGUUACCUGUCAACAGAUAAAAAUUGUCAAACUUUUUGCCUGCCACAGAAAACAAAUUUUUUUUGAUAUUCGAGUGUGCUAAUAGUCUUGAUUUAUAACACUCGUAAGGUCGGGAUUAUUGAAACAACUUAAGGAUCUUUUCACAUCACAUAUAUUUUAGUAAUGUAAUAAAUUUUCGAUCUACUAGCUUACAAGACUUUGAUAUCGCUUCACUUACGUUUUAUAAAAUACUUUAAGUACUCCAAAUUAAUUACCCAAAUAAUAAAUGUAUAAAUUAAUUGCACCUUUGAUAAACUCAAUGUAAUAAUGUUAGGAAAUAUAUUAUAUUUGCUUCUUGUUACAUUUAUAGUUUGAUGAACUCAAACUAUUACACAUCGGUCUGCUAUAGCUUAAUCCUAAAAAAGAGGAAAUAGGACAAAUUCCAGCUGUUCCUGUAUAUUUGAUAAUACUAUGUUGUAAUCUAUAAAGGAUUUAAAAUCAAA